AUGCUCAAUCAGCUAAGACCAUUGCUAUUUAAAAGAUUCAACUCAUCAGCAAUUAAAUGGAAACUCACAGAUUCAAUAAAACAACCGAAAUAUGAUACAGGAUGUACUUGCUGUCAACCUAAACUACCACAAGAUAAACAAAUCAAUUUCGAUCAGCCAUUAAACAAGAGUUCAGCUAUUCCGGAGAGACACAUCAUGGCGCUAACUACUGACAGCAACAAAAUGGAGCAGUUUGAUUCCAAGAUUGAAAAUAUGCCUGGUACAUUAGCUCAUAAAAUUCAUGAAUUGAAAAGUAGGUUAGUCAUGAAGCCUGGUGUAUCUGUGUCGAGUAUCGUUUUGAAGAAUCAUAAUGAUGUUUUAAAAGGUUUUGGUGUUGAUUCAAGUGGUGGCACCAAUGAACAGUUGGUAUUUAUCUAUCCCGAUAUGAAAGCUAUAAAAUUUGACUUGGAUCAUACUGAUCAAUUUUUAAAAAAAUAUAACUUGCUUGAAACAAACCAGCAAGAAGUAUACAAUCCUUUUUUAACUUCCAAACAAAAAGAGGAACUACAAAAGAAGAACAAUGAAAAUGACAUUACGGUAGUUGACUCAAAUUUUGAAGAAGUUCCAAUACGCAAAGAUCUAAUUGUAACCUGUGGUCAUGCAAAAAGAGACAUAAGAUGUGGUGAACUAGGUCCAUUAAUAACAAACGAAUUUGAUCAAGUAUUAAAAUCAAAAGGGCUAGCUGAUGAAACUUAUCUUGGUGAGAUAACUCAUAUUGGAGGUCACGCAUUCGCUGGUAAUGUCUUAUAUUAUCCCAAACAAUCUAAAUCAAGUCGAGACUUUAUAUGGUAUGGACGUGUAUUUCCUCAAAUGGUUCAAUCUUUAGUGGAUGAUACUAUUGUCAAUAAAUUAAUUGUAAAAGAAUUAUUUAGAGGUGAUUUAUCCAAAUAUGAAUAA